GGUUGGAGGCGGCGGAGCGGGGCCGGGCCGGGCCGGGCCGGGCGGCGAUGGCGGCGGGACGCGGCGGGUGCCGGCUGGGGGUGGCGGUCGUGCUCCUCUUGCUCGCUGUGCUGAGGUCGGCGGGCUCCACCUCGGAUGCCGCUCUGCCUGUAGUCAUCAACACCUGGGCGUUUAGGACUGCCGCAGAGACAGCCUGGAAGGUAUUGGAGUCGGGAGGUUCAGAGCUGGAUGCAGUUGAGAGAGGCUGUGGUCAGUGUGAAAUCGAUCAGUGCGAUGGGAGCGUGGGAUACGGAGGAAGCCCAGAUGAAAGUGGAGAAACAACCCUGGAUGCAAUGAUUAUGGAUGGCAACACCAUGGAAGUUGGGGCCGUUGCGGAUCUCAGGCAUGUGAAAAAUGCAAUUGGUGUAGCACGAAAGGUCAUUCAAUACACUAAGCAUACACUGCUAGUGGGAGAGUCAGCUUCCCUGUUUGCUGUAAGAAUGGGGUUUCCAUAUGAAGAUCUAACUACCCAGAAAUCCCUUUCGCUGUAUUCAGAGUGGCUGAAUCAAAGCUGUCAGCCAAACUACUGGAAGAAUGUAGUGCCAGACUCUUCAACAUCCUGUGGACCAUAUAAACGGCGUGAAGAAGUAACUUAUCAAGAACAGACCAGCUCACAAAGAAGUGUUCGUAACCAUGAUACUAUAGGUAUGGUUGUAAUUGGUGUGAGUGGAACCGUUGCUUCUGGGACAUCUACUAAUGGUGCAAUCCACAAACUUCCAGGCCGUGUUGGAGAUUCUCCGAUAGCUGGAGCGGGAUCCUACGCGGAUAGUACAGCUGGAGGAGCUGCAGCCACUGGGGAUGGAGACAUCAUGAUGCGCUUCUUACCCAGUUAUCAAGCUGUGGAAUAUAUGAGGAUGGGAACAGAUCCAACAGUAGCCUGUCAGAAAGUUAUUUCCAGAAUCCAGAAGUAUGCUCCAAAGUUCUUUGGUGCUAUCAUUUGUGCCAAUACAACUGGAAGUUAUGGUGCUGCAUGUAAUAAAAUUCCAGGAUUCACUCAGUUUCACUUCAUGGUUUCAAGCCCUUUGCUAAGUCGACCAACUGAGCAAGUAGUAGACUGCAUUUAAUUACUUUUGUCCUAUUAGCAUCUCAACUUAGAAGAGGACAGUGCCAAGUUCCACCAGUUAUUACUUCUUAAAAUGAUUGUUUCUAGCAUUCAAUGGCUAUUAUGAUCUACUUGUUUUCCUAAGAACUGAAUUGCCAGAAAUGAUAAAUAGUAACCAAGUGAACAGGCCCUUUGCCUUGCCAUUUAAAAAUGUAUUUGUCAGACAUCUGGAAUAAUGAGCUGGAAGUGGAACUAUGACACAACACAUAAAAUUUAUGUUGAGAAUAUUUAAUUGUCUUUCUAAGAUUUAGUCCAGAUUUUCUUUUCUCUUGAAAAGAGAAUUUUAUGAAAAUGCUGACACACAAGGAAAGGGACUUGAGGAGCAGUGGAGACUGUUUCAAAGCUUUAAUGAAGAGAUAAAAAGGCCUUAUGGACCAUUCUAACUUGUUCCACAACAGCUGAGAAUGCAUAUGAAUAGAGAGUACAUGCAAGCAUCCCUGGUAGUACAAACCUUCAGGGAAUUUUGGUUGACUGACUGGAUGUGAAGCCAAUUGGAAGUCAUCCUGUCACCAGUUUUUUGUAGUGCAAGUUAAGUUAUGAACCAUAAUCAAGGUGAUUUCCUUGUCAGUAAUACGCUGUGCACUCAGCUGUCCUACAGCACAUUAACCUCUGCAAAGGAGCAGUUGAAUGACUAGAGCGUGACAGUUACCUGCAGCUUUGGUUUUGGUCACUUUCUGUGUCUAGAGACACCAGGAUUCAUUUGUAAUAGAACUUCAGCAUCAUGAGGAUUAUUCCACAGGUAUUUGAAGAUAUAUUUGAUCAUUUUCUUAAGCUGGUGACCUGCUGAUAAUUUGAUGGAAUCUUUGCUAAAUUUGAGCCAGGAAAUGGCAAAAGAGGGCAGCGAGUAAAAAGAGUGUGUCUUGUCAUUUUAUAAUUAUUCCCUGUCUACUUAAAUCAUUGGGUAAUAAAACACACCUUAAUGUAUUUGUAAAGUUGUUUAGAUGCUUGUGUACUAUGCCUUAGAUUGAUUGUUGCUUUCUGUUUCAAGCUGGUAUCUCUAAAACCUGGGAAUAAACCAUUCAAACUAGAAUGGCUGUCUUUAAUGGCCUGCUAUUGAACUUCAUCCAACAGAGUGAUUUACUCACUUCCGUCACUGGAUCCUCAGAGCAUGUUGUAGCAAUACUCACUGCAGGCCACAGAAAGCUUCUUUGAGAGAAACUCCUACUGAACACAUCUCUCAUGGCUUAAGAUGAGUUUUCUGCCUGUGCUACCUACAGUUCCUCUGCCAUGGCUGCUCUAUCUUCAGAUAACUUGAGCAGUCAAGUGCAAAUAGAUUAAUAAAACCCUGGUAGUUGCUACUUGGAAGAUUGCAUUGUAGAUUAUGAACGUAGAAGGUUCAGUACUGGGAGCUGAAUGGUAAUGUCUCAAAUUGCUGCAGCUGAAUCCUCCAGGAUUCAUUUCUGAAAGAGAUCUGGGAACAUCCAUAGCUUGCUUUCUAGAGUGCUUAUGUCACUCUGUACUAGCUAGCCUAUGCCAGGAGAGCUUAUGAGUGCCCUAUAACAGGGUACCUUGAACUCACCAUUACAGUGCUAACUUCCUACAUAGUCAGCUUAUCUGUGUUGCUUUACAGCGGCUGAAUGUGAGCCAGCUGUGCCCAGGUGGCCAAGAAGGCAAUGGCAUCCUGGCCUGUACCAGCAACAGUGUGGCCAGCAGGAGCAGGGCAGGGGUUGUCCCUGCGUACUUGACACUGCUGAAACUACACUUUGAGUGCUGUAUCCAGUUCUGGUCCCCUCCCAACACAGGGGACAUUGAGAGUCUGGAGUGAGUCCAGAGAAGGAACGGAGCUGGUGAAGAGUCCGGGACACAAGUCUUGUAAGGAGUGGCUGAGGGAGUUGGGGUUGUUUAGCCUGGAGACAAGGAGGCUCACGGGAGACCCUAUUGCUCCCUACAACUGCCUGAAGGGAGGGUGUAGCCAGGUUGGAGGCAGGCUCUUUACCCACACAACCGGUGACAGGACAAGGGGAAAUGGCCUCAAGUUGUGCCAAGGGAAGUUCAGGCUGGAUAUCAGGAGGGUAGUCAAGCAUAGGAAUCGGCUGCCCAGGGAGAUGGUGGAGUCACUGCCUCUGGAAGUGUUCCAUAAAAGACUGGACAUGGCACUUUGUGUUAUAGUUUUAUUGGCAUGGUGAUGGGAGGUUGGACUUGGUGAUCCUGGAGAUCUUUUCCAACCUUAUUGAUUCUAUUAUUCUGUGAAAAUUACUCAUCUCCAUGAGACAUAGAAACUAAUACAUGAGGUUUGAUAAUGUGGGUUGCUUUGUGGUGAAGCAUUAGUUAUAAAUUAAAGGGUUAGUUUGUGUAAAUUAUUUUGAUAUAUUACUAAUUUGGCAGUACAUUAAAUCAUAAUAUUAAGAAUGUACCAUUUGAUGUUAUGGACAGAAUUCAGAAUUAGAAAAAUAACAUACUUGAUACUUUGCCUUAAAAUUUCUUUAAAGCUUGUUAAUGGUGUUCUGUUAAGCUUAGGAAAGAGUAUCAAGUACAAACUGUCAAAAGUACGCAAAAAUUACGACAAUUUCUGUUGGGGUUGCAAAAAAGUAUUUUACUGUUUUCGAUUUCAGUUUUUACUAUCCAAUUUUUACAACACAGAAUGUGAGGAUUUGUGAUUUAGUGGUUCAAUUGAAUGCAUCUGUCUUUAGAGCUCUGUGGUUUUUUUAAGUUCAUUAGCUUCUUUAUAGCCUUUUUUUUCUUUUUCUAAAGACAGAAAAAGAAUCUUUGCUCAACAGUCUGACUAAAAGUGAACUAUGCUCUGUUUUUGCAUGGCAUCAAAUUGUUCCUUAAUAAAGCAAUCUAUGUGUACCCUAGCAAUGUUUCAUAUGCACUUACUGAACUUCCCUGUCAUUUCACCAUUUGUAGGUUACCACUGAAACAUGUUCUUUCAUUUGUAACUGCCUCAGUCAGGAAUAAUUCAGAGUUUUAGAGAAUUCGAGAUUGAUUUUUAGAUGGAAUCUGCAAUACUUUUUAAACUGAAGUGAAUCUGUCAGCAUUUGUUGUUUGAAUUUAUCACAUGACUGUUGUAACUCAUUAACUGUGCUGUUCAUUCUUGUUUUGAAACACAGAACGUGUGCAGGAUUUCUGUGCCAUUAUCUAUAGUCUGUGUGCAUGAAGAAACAUCAUGUUAAAUUUACUCCAGCUCUAAUAUAGAGCAGGUAUGUUAUAUAUUAAGCACUGAAGUACAAAUCUUUUCACUGGAGGGUCUGUUCAUUCUUUUACAUAAAUUCUGUUAAAUUUACAGCAAAAACUGAAAUGUUCAUGGAGCAGAAAUGACUGAAUCUCGAUUUUGUGACUGUUAUCAUUAUUGUUUAAGCUGCUGAGUCAGAAGCAAAUAUUUAUGUUUGUGCAUUUAACAGCCUUAGCUGUGUUUUCAUUUCCUUUUUCCCCUGACAGUUGGAAUCAACGUAAGUAAAUACAGCUGCUGGUGCAAUGCUCUCUUGGUGUGAUUAGCACAUAUCUUUACAGUGACAGAUGGUGGUCUGUGAAAUAAAAGGACCAGCAACUUCAAAGGCUGCCAGUUCAGGGAAUCCCUGCUGCUGGUGACUUUUUUUUUCUUUUUGCUAAUAAGAUAGAGAAAAAACUUGACAAGAAGUUUUUUAUUAUACUUUUUCCAGGUAGAGCUUUACAAAAGCAAUUGUAUUGUAAAUGCCAUAAGGUUUUAUUGGUUAGAAAUGGUGAUUUUGGUGCUCUGCAUAAAAGAAAAACUGUUGUGUUAGAUGAACAGGAAGUUUCAUGUUUUCACCCUUUGCAUACUUGCCGGACAGACUCUGAAUUACAUUUUGAACCUAAUUCUGUUUGUUGCUAUGUUAUGAUUUUGAUUGCUGGUGUUUUGUAAUUAUAUUGAAAGCAGUGGACUUUGCCACUUAAAUGUAGUUUGAAGUUGGGUUGCAUUUUAUACUUCUAAUUUCUAAACAUUUACCAUUUAAAGAUCAGAGAAAUAAAUUCAAUUUAGUGAGAAA